UGUAAAUAUCGAGGCCACAUGUGGGAAAUCAACGAGUUUCUUUAAUCUCGUCAUCGCCAGCUUCCGGCGUCCCCUAUUCUAAGAUUGGUGUGAUACCCAUCUGCUAUCUUGUUAUAAAUUUCCCCGCAGCAGAUAUGGUUAACUUCAAAGGAGCUGCGUUUGCAGCCAUUGCUGUACUUACCAGCGUCUGUUAUGCCCUCAACACCACGCUACCGGCCCCUGUGCUGGUCAAUUUAGACACAAUGGGAUCAGGACCGAGCGAGACUGUUGUCGGGGGUCUCUAUCGGCCAAACAAGAUCGGACCGAGAGCAGAAAUUGCAGUCUUUGUCAUGCAUUCCGAAAGCGACUACAUCGACUUCUCCGUGUGCACCCAGCUUGCGGAGCGAGGAUACACGGUCUUCUGCGCUGAUGACGGAUGCAGCAAAUGGACCGGCGCGAGCGAUGUAGCUUUCGAACAAAUGAUGCUUUCCGUCGCUACUGGCGUGGACUAUCUCCGCAACCUGACUGAAAUCAGCAAGGUCGUCCUAUGGGGACAUAGCGGCGGCGGCGCGAUGAUGUCUGCUUACCAGAACAUCGCAGAGAACGGUCUUGUAGCAUGCAAUGGAACAGAGAAGAUCUAUCCCUGCACGUCUGCCCUAGAAGACCUUCCAGCCGCUGACGGAGUGAUGCUGAUUGAUGCCAACUAUGGCCUCUCGACGAUGGUGCUCCUGAGUCUCGGGGCCGAGAUCAUCAAUGAGAGAUCCGGCCUGCAUGUUGACUACAACCUCAGCGUCUACAAUCCCGCCAACGGCUUCAAUGCCUCUGGAGCCAGUCACUAUACCCCCGAAUUCACCAAAGCUUUCCAAUCCGCCGUGGCGCGUCGUAUGCAGCGACUCAUCGCAUAUGCGGAGGGCCGCCUCGCGGCGAUCAACGCAGGAAACGCAACCUUCUCCGACGACGAAGACAUGCAGAUCGUCGAUGCCGCCUACGGAGUCCAGAACAACAAGUUCUUCGCCCAGGACCCGAGAUUCCUCUCGCGCACCGUCUACCCUUGGCCGCUCCUGCAUAAGAACGGCUCUACCACGAGGGAAAUCGUCCACAGCGUGCGUGUGCCGACGAAUUUUGGUCCCACCGAAGCUGGCUCCUACUUGAACGGCGCGAUCAAGACCAGCGUCAAGCGAUUUCUCAACGGGUACGCUAUUCGAGUCACCGAUGACUUCUCCUAUAACGAAACCAGCUUCACGGGUAUUCAAUGGAACUCGAGCCACAUGGUUCCGAUCCAAGCUGUUCCCGGUAUCAAGGUGCCGCUGCUCACUAUGGGUAUGACGGGACAUUGGGAGUACCUGAAUGCCGAGAAGAUAUAUCUCAAUUCCGGUAGCAAUGACACGACUAUUUGCUUUGUUGAGGGCGCGCAGCACACGAUUGACACCUGCACGGAAUGCGAGACCUAUCCGGGAGAGUAUGGAGACACAACCAAGACGGCGUAUGACUACAUGGCGAAUUGGCUGGGGAAGGAAGGACGCUUCCUCUAAGUUAAUGCCUUCGUAAGAUUGUAAAGCAUUGUCCUGUCUUUUGUGAUGUGAUGGUAUAAUUUAAACUCCG